AUGCCACCUGUAAAAGAUGAACAAACUUCAUCAUAUCCAAUGAAUACAUCGGCACGAAUUCAACAAAUUUUUUCUGAAGUUCAAUCACAAUUACCAAGUGUUAAUUUUGAUAAUGAUGAUCAAAAUGAUGAGAAUAAUGAUGAUAAUGAAGAAAUUCUUCAAUCAAAUAUUUCUGAAAAUACCGAUGCUCUUCUUGAAUCUUUAAUGAAUAAUAAUGUUAAUUCAUUUCUUACAUUACAUCCGAAAAUUGAAACACCUCAACAACCACCUAGUGUUGAAUUACAAAUGCGUGUUUCACCGAAUUUAUUUGAUAAUUCAUUACAAAAUCAAGAAUCAUUAUCAAAACCAUCAGUUCUUUCAAUGGAUCUUUUCAAUAGUAUUGAUUUUGAUAAAUUACCAUCUUUAAAUUCAAAUCAUAAUCAUUCUCAAUAUGCAGAUAUAACACCAACAUUUCAUCGACCACGGCCAAUUAAUCAUCAUAAUUUAUCAUCACAUCAACACACAACAACUAUAAAAAAUCGUGAUGAUCGUCAAAUUCUUGAACGUCUUGCACAACAAGCAAAUCGUUUUAAUAUUAAUGAACGGUCACAUUCAACACGAGACCAUCAUCCAUUUAGAAAUUUAGAAGCUGCUUUAUAUGAAACAUCAUAUGAACAUUUUGAUCGUCAUGGGAAAAGAAGAUCCACUGUUGAAUCAGCACGUAAAACAAUUUAUAUUGAUUUACGUAAUUCAAAUGUUAAAAAACAAGAAAAAUCUCAAGAUGAACAACAAUCAGCUAAUAUGAUUAAUCCAAUUUCACAACAAAUACAGUCAUCAGAAUCCGAAAGUGAUGAUGAUGAUCAUAAUGAUGGCAUGUUAUGGUUUGAACGACGACAACAAGCAAAAAGACAACAACAAUUGAAUCCAUCAAAACAAUAG